UCUUGCUUGCAGAAUCCCUGCCUGCUUCCCUAUGGCAAGGCCCUCUACAGCUACGAGGGGAAGGAACCCGGCGACCUCAAGUUCAACAAGGGGGACAUCAUCGUCCUGCGGCGCAAGGUGGAUGAACAGUGGUACCAUGGCGAGCUGCACGGCACACAGGGCUUCCUCCCAGCCAGCUAUAUCCAGUGCAUCCAGCCCUUGCCACACGCCCCGCCCCAGGGAAAAGCACUUUAUGAUUUCGAGAUGAAGGACAAAGAUCAAGACAAGGACUGUCUGACCUUCACCAAGGACGAGAUUCUGACGGUGCUCAGGAGAGUGGAUGAGAACUGGGCAGAAGGCAUGCUGGGAGACAAGGUCGGGAUCUUCCCGCUCCUGUACGUGGAGCUCAACGACUCCGCCAAGCAGCUCAUUGAGAUGGACAAGCCGUGCCCAGCCGCUGCAUCCAGCUGCAAUGCCUCCCUGCCCUCUGACUCUGGCGCUGUGGCCAGCAUGGCCCCAAGUCCCACUUUAAGCAGCUCAGGGGCGGUCAGUGCCUUUCAGCGGCGUGUGGAUGGCAAGAAGAACACCAAGAAACGCCACUCCUUCACCGCGCUCAGUGUGACACACAGAUCCUCCCAGGCUGCCAGCCACAGGCAUUCCAUGGAAAUUAGUGCUCCAGUGUUGAUCAGCUCCAGCGAUCCCCGAGCCGCGGCCAGGAUUGGAGACCUUGCUCAUCUGUCAUGCGCUGCUGCCACCCAGGAUGCCUCCUCCUCGGCAGGAUCUACCCCCACAGCUGUCCCGCGAGCUGCCUCGGUGUCUGGAGAGCAGGGCACGCCUCCCAAGGUCCAGCUGCCCCUCAACGUGUACCUGGCGCUCUAUGCCUACAAGCCCCAGAAGAGUGACGAGCUGGAGCUGCACAAGGGAGAGAUGUACCGGGUCCUCGAGAAGUGUCAGGAUGGCUGGUUCAAGGGGGCGUCCCUGAGGACCGGGGUCUCUGGGGUGUUCCCCGGAAACUACGUGACACCCGUUUCCAGGGUGCCUGCAGGAGGGGCAGGGCCGCCCCGGAAUAAUGUGGUCGGAGGGUCUCCACUGGCCAAAGGAAUAACCACAACCAUGCACCCAGGCAGUGGGAGUCUGAGCAGCCUGGCCACCGCCACCAGGCCUGCCCUGCCCAUCACCACUCCCCAGGCCCACGCCCAGCACCCCACAGCCUCGCCCCCAACAGGCAGCUGUCUGCGGCACUCAGCCCAGCCAGUGGCCAGCCAAGCCCGGAGCACCAUUUCAACAGCUGCCCACUCUGCAGCCCAGGCUCAGGACCGGCCAACUGCCACCGUGUCACCCCUGCGCACUCAGAACUCUCCAUCCCGCCUGCCUGCCACCAGCCUCAGGCCCCACUCGGUGGUGUCCCCGCAGCACAGCCACCAGCCCCCAGUGCAGAUGUGCCCGCGGCCGGCCAUCCCCCUCACAUCAGCAGCAUCAGCCAUCACACCUCCCAACGUCAGUGCCGCCAACCUCAACGGGGAGGCUGGAGGGGGGCCCAUCGGUGUUCUGUCCACAUCCAGCCCCACCAACACAGGAUGCAAACUAGACGAGAAGAAAAGUGAAAAGAAAGAGAAGAAGAGUGGGCUCCUGAAGCUUCUAGCCGGAGCAUCCACCAAGAAGAAGUCACGCUCCCCGCCAUCUGUGUCUCCAACCCACGACCCCCAGGUGGCCAUGGACGCCCUGCUCCAAGGUGCAGUGGGCCCCGAAGUGUCCUCACUGUCUACCCACGGCAGGGCAGGGUCCUGCCCCAUAGAGAGCGAGAUGCAGGGUGCCAUGGGGAUGGAGCCUCUGCACAGGAAGGCGGGCUCCUUGGAUCUGAACUUCGCAUCUCCUUCCCGGCAAGCACCUCUGUCCAUGGCUGCCAUCCGCCCCGAGCCCAAGCCGUUGCCCAGAGAGAGGUACCGCGUGGUGGUCUCGUACCCACCCCAGAGCGAGGCGGAGAUCGAGCUGAAGGAAGGCGACAUCGUCUUCGUGCACAAGAAGCGUGAGGACGGCUGGUACAAGGGAACCCUGCAGCGGAACGGCCGCACGGGCCUCUUCCCGGGCAGCUUCGUCGAGAGCUUCUGAGGACUGGUGCUCCCUGCACCCGGCUCACAGAGCGGGAGGCUGCCUGGGAAGUCCCACGGCACACAGAGAGGGAGCCACGGCGCUCCAAGGGUUCCAGGUCGUCUCCAAGGCACCUGGCGGGGGCCGCCCUGGCCCAGGGUGGGGGCCAGGGACUGUGGAGGUCGUGCCUUCUCCCAAAACCCCCAACGGAGAGCACACCUGGGAUGUUCUUCAAGGAAAUGUCCACCCCCUCUGUGGAAACUGCAAAGAAAGCACUUUGAGGAAGAGAGGCAGGUGCCGGCGCAGGCAGGCCUGUGGGUGUGGUUUGCAGCCACGGCAGCGUUCAUAUUUACCACCUAAGCAGGGUUGGAGGUUGCAGGAGGUCUGCAGGCGAGGUGGGUGGCAUGGGGGCCAAGAGCGCUGGAGAUCAUCUUUCUGCGCUGCCCUGGGCUUCCCGCGGGGCUUAGGUUGCUCUGUCACCAUUCUAUAUACCUCAGUCACCUGCCGCCCGGCUGCUCAGCAGGGGUGUUCGUGGUCCUGGGGGGCCUCACGUGAGGCCCUGGGGAUCCCCCGGAAAGGCCACCCCACCGCCCCUGUGGGAACCGGAGCAGAAUCUGUGGGCUUGUCUCCUGCCAGUAGUAUAAGCAACACUUUCUGUUCACCACCACUGUCCCUUGCGUUACUUCUUUCUUACGGCAUAUUUUUAACGUAAAGCUGUUAGACUUUAUAUAUUUCUAAUAGGUCAGACAUUGCCUAUUUUUCAUACAUCUGGUGCUGCCUUUUUGUAAAACUAGUAAUGACUUGGUUGAGCUUGAAAGAAAGGAUGUCUGAGGCGACAUCAAAGGGGCAGAAUUUUUAUAUUUCCCAUAUGGGUUUGGGAGAGCGCCGAGAAGCCCCCCAUCCCGCACCUCAGUGCCGGCCAGUACUCCGGGGGCUGGCGGGGUGGAUCCAUUGAGGGGGUUGGAGGGAGCUUGGAAGCAGCCGGUUUCUUUAAACUCUUACCAAAACCCCGUGCUCUGUCUAGACGGUGAUGAUUAUUAUUCAAGACCUGGAAACAUUUCAAGGAAGGACCACUAUAAUUGUCCUUUUGUGUGGCGGUAGAAGGAGCACGCAGGUCAACCCCAGCCGGGAAGGCAACAUCUUCCCUUUACUGCCUCAGAGAGAACUGCCAUUAGCGUUCUCAGAAGAUGAUUUCUUGGUAUCAAAAUGUGCAGUUUCUACAACAGUUCAGAUCACCACCACCACCAUUUUUCUUCUUUUUUAAAAAUAAAUAACUGCUCCUGUUUCAGGCAGUGCAAACCUUCAUCUGCUGGAGACCAGAGGGACGAGGAGAUCAGGGGGUUGCGGCACCGCUGCGUGCUUGCAAGAUCGGGGAGCUGGGAGGGCAAGAGAGGAGGAGGUGCAGCUUUGAGGCUGGGAACUCCCUGAGUGGGGCUGAUGAAUGUACAUUCAUUAGCACCACGGCUCACCUCCUAGGAAGACUGAUGAGGAGUCCUUUGGGAGACAGUUUUGUUCUCAAGAUUCACACCUUAGGAACACAUUUUUAUCACCUCCGAAUUUUGAUCCAUCACCCCUCUCUCCACCUAUAUUUUUACAAAAACCAUUCAGACUUAAAUUAAGCUGAAUAAACUAGCCUUUGGUAACAUAGGGUGACACUGGUUUUCAGGGAUGUAACCCAUUCCGGAAAUACAUUCUCUUGCCUGGCAUGAAGCCUUUGAAACACGGGCUGCUUAUUUUCAGAGUUCCUGUUUUGGGACGUGUCUUGGCUACUUGUUACUUCCAGGUGGCUGCCACACGACGGGUCAUGCCUUUCCCUCCCUCCAGAUGAUAAUGGAUUUAAUAGACUUGGGAAAGUUGUUCAGAAUUAAAGAAGAAAAAGUCUGGCUUAAACAUAGGAACUUCUGUGUGCCAGUUUGAUGACAACCAAAAGCUGUCUAUUUACCAUUAUUGCCAAACUAUCAGUUGCCCAUCCAGCACCAAAAUCCUGUGCGUGUUUAAAUUCACGUCACCAAAGAGGUGCACAGAUCCAACAACCUGGAUGACGCAGAUGUUCUCCAGGGAAACCAGAUGAAGUCAAGUCUCCAGGUUAAUUUUUUUAAGUCUUUUUUUUAAGGCAUGCAGCUACCAAGCAACAGAAUAGAGUAACCUGAACGUUCUUCCUCUCCCAGGCAUGGCCCACAUGGUGCUUCCGGUUGAAAUGUGUUUUGCCCUCCUGAUGGGGGGCGAGGCCACAGCCCACUACCUGCAGCACGGUAGAGAGCUGGGGCAAGUGUCCCCAUGUCUUUGGAAGAUGUCAGCUGGCCCCUUCCAGGGCAGAGUCGGGUGGGCAUUAGUGCCACCUUAGGAAGGAGAGCGAUGCGUGGGUCUGGCCAGGGCUCUGGAGCCAAUGCCAGGCUGCCUGAGGGCAGAGGAAUGCAUGGCCCAUGUGCAUUUCUGAGUAUUUUAAACUCGUCCAGCCCCUGCAGCCUUCGUGAUGAUGUAGCUUGCAGACAAGAGCAGGAGCAGAAUUAGCCCUUUCUUCAGGCCAUCUUGCCUCAAAGGGCACACAUGUUUUGGCGGUUAAGAUGAAACUAACCCUUAUGUUUCAUCCUAGUCCCAUGAUGUACACAUCUUAGCCAUGCAGUGGCCUUGGGUGGCCACAGAGAUUGGCUUUGAGGAGCUUGGUAGAGUCCACAGCCAUGACUGAAGUCAGUGGACACCGAGGGGACAGGACUGCAGGCCACCAGGGGCCUCUGCCCAGAGGGAGGCAGAGAGGAUGGUGGCCGCAGGCGCUCUCCUGGCAUUCUCAUGGGGUGAUGCCAGGCCAGGCACCUCAAAACAAGCUCAGCCGACUGGGAGAUCCUUUGUACUUUGCACAGUUCACACACACACCCCACCCCAAGUGUUUUUGUUAGACACAAAUGUCAGCGUGUGAUCUUGGAAGACUUGUCAGUG